GGGUCUUGACAUUCUUGACACGGCUUUGGCAAGACAGUGGUGCUGCCGCGGGACUCUAGUCAGGUUCCAACCACUUCACGCACGGCACACAGCCUUGUGCUGCAGCUCAGUCGCUUUCCGCGCUGACGUAUCGUUUCGUCCUACCACUCCUCCAUACCCAUAUCCACACACAAUGGACGCUCCCAAGGAAAGCUACUCCCCCGGAGAGGCGGGCUACGGCCAAUUCGAACCCAAAAUGACCGCCGGCCGCUACAUCGCAACGCGCUUUUCCACACUGAAGCCGCCCAUGGCCAAGGUCCCCAAUCCUAUCCGCCUCCUGCGACUGCUCAACUUCCAACAAUGGAUGUUCUUCCUCGUCGCGUUUUGUGCUUGGACCUGGGACGCGUUCGACUUCUUUACUGUGUCGUUGACGGUGGAGGAUCUGGCUGAGUCGUUUGGGAAGACGAAAACUGACAUCACUUGGGGCAUAACGCUCGUGCUAAUGUUGCGUUCCGUGGGCAGUAUAAUCUUUGGAUUGGCGGCUGAUCGCUACGGGAGAAAGUGGCCGUUCAUCGUCAACAAUCUGCUGUUCAUCGUACUGGAACUGGGGACCGGAUUCUGCACUACAUACAACAGCUUUUUGGCUGUGAGGGCGCUGUUUGGGAUUGCCAUGGGGGGAUUGUACGGCAACGCGGCUGCGACAGCGCUCGAAGACUGCCCCGAAGAAGCUCGUGGUCUCAUCUCCGGCAUGCUCCAGCAAGGCUACGCCUUCGGCUACCUCCUCGCCACCGUCUUCGCUCGCGCGUUCGUCGACACCGUCGGUCACGGCUGGCGUCCAGUAAGCUCCCUCCAUUCUCGUCGUUUAAAGCCUCACACUAAUCCCAUCCAGCUCUUUUGGUUCGGCGCCGGCCCCCCCGUCCUUAUCAUCGCCUUCCGCCUCUGCCUCCCCGAAACGCAAGCCUACCUCGAGCGCAAGCGCAUCCGCGAAGAAACUCCCAACGCCGCCAAAGUCUUCCUCAACGAAGGAAAGGUCGCUCUCAAGAAACACUGGCUCCUCCUCAUCUACAUGGUGCUCCUCAUGGCCGGCUUCAACUUCAUGUCGCACGGCUCCCAGGACCUGUACCCCACCAUGCUGUCCAACCAGUACAACUUCUCCCCCAACGCCGUGACCGUCACGCAGGUCGUCGCGAAUCUGGGUGCUAUUUGUGGUGGCACCGUCAUCGGGUACUGCUCUAGCAUCUUCGGGCGACGCUUCAGUAUCAUCUUCAUCAGCAUCAUCGGAGGCGCUCUCCUCUACCCGUACACCUACACUUCCAGCACGAAAGUCAUCGCCGCUGCCUUCUUCGAGCAGUUCUGCGUCCAGGGCGCCUGGGGCGUCAUCCCCAUCCACUUGAUGGAGCUGUCCCCUGGCUCGUUCCGCACCUUCGUCGUGGGCACCUCGUACCAACUCGGUAACCUGGUCUCUUCAGCAUCCUCGACAAUCGAGUCUACCAUCGGCGAGCGGUUCCCGCUGCCGCCCAAGGGCAAGGUGAAGAGGUUUCAGUAUGGCAAGGUCAUUUGCAUCUUCAUGGGAUGCGUGUAUGUAUAUGUCAUUAUCCUUACACUGAUCGGGCCCGAGUACAGGGGGAGGAGCAUGGAUGUGCAUGCGGAUGAGGACAUGGCGGAGGCGGCGGGACAUCAUCACGAGAAGCGUGUACAUCGGGAGUCGACUGAUGGCAAGGAUUUGGGCGGGGCGGAGGGCAUUGAGCGGGUGUAAGGCUCAGAACCAAGUGACGGACAUGGACGGAGGGAGAGUGUGCGUUGUGGAACGAGGGUAGCAAGCCCAACGGAUAAGACACAAUGUGCUAUGCAA